GAAACAUCAACAUGUUGUUCAAGAGAAUGUCGAUUAGAGAUUAGACAUAGGAAUAGCAAGGAGAAAUAGCUGCAAUAAGUGUAAAAUAAUUUCAUUUUAGGAUGUGGGAGUCCCGUGCGACUCCGCUUCGGCGGAAGUCUGCUGUAGUCUUGUCUGCCGCUGCAGCGCUUUUGCCGGCAAUCGUCGAACAUGACUUCCUAAUUGCUGCAAAGAAAUUCAGAAGCGGAUCCGUAAAGAUGUUAUCUGACAAUGCUAGAGAGUCUCUGUCUCAAGCAGUCUCUCGUAGUCGAACUUCUGGAUCCGGUGAGCGCGUGGUGACGAAAAUCGUGAAAUUGCUCGAAUCGAUGCAAGACCAGCUAGAAGAGGAUCAGAAGACUGACGAUGACGCGCAGACGAAGAUGGAGUGCUGGUGCAAGCGCAAUAACUUGGAGAAAACUGAUGCUGUGAAGAAGCUAGAAGCAGACAUCAAACAGUACAAUCUAGACUUAAGGCUCCACAAAACCCAACCCCACUGCGCUGGUGGUGCCUUGGUUGUGGAUUCUCGGGCUGUACUGAGGCAAGUAUUGGGACGAGUAUUCUCACGGGAUGUGGCCACGGCCGGGGUGGGUUAAGGGUAGCGCUAAUAGACAUCACUACGAAUGCAGCGGCAGCUGAAAGCGCCAAGCUUUCCUUAGAGGAGCUGGAGAGAGAUCUCUUGGAUAGCGCGAAGGAAGUCAAGGAAGCCGAAGAUUAUGGCUUUCAUCACAUUUCAAAUACGCAUGUUCCUCUUCCUUGAUAGAUCUUCUUGAACUUUAUGUACUUGUACCUCUAGAAGUACAAUUUCGCAAUCGAUGGUAAGUGCUUGCUCGACGCGACAGCCCUUACUCAGUCACAUUAAUACCAUCUCCCUCUUCACUUUCCGCAACGGGAUCGAGAACAUGUCGAAAACCAGAAGAACAUCCUUGAACUCACAGAGGCCGUCGGGCAAAUUAACUCUGCGAUCGUCGUUCUGCGCAACAGCGGCGGCGCAGGAACUGAAACUGCCGCUUUGAUGGACUUGAGGCGGAAGUUGUCGGCAAAAACGUCUACUAAUGGCAUAGUGCAAGGCGAAAUCGACCGCCGUCUCAGCACCACUGUUCUCGCGCAAGCUGGUUCGUCUAGUGCAGAAUCUGGCAGCGCAACUCUCUCCUUUCUGCGCAAAAAACUUUCGUCAUUGCUCUCCUCUUCCACCACGUCCUCUAGUGUUUCGCGCCAAGUACCUGCAGGCGCGUCCUCCGUUGCCGGUAUGCUGUCGGAAAUGGCCACCACGUUCCAGCAGGACUUAACCGACACGCAGACCAAGGAAGCGCAGGCCGUUACCGCGUACCUAGAGCUUCGACAGAGCCGAACCGAACAAGCCGAGCACAUGCGAGAGCAACGCGCGCGGAAGUCCGAGGCAAUGACAGCCGCGUACGCUGGGGCUGCGGACGCGAAAAUUGCUCUAGGAGAGGCGGAAGCAUUGCUCGACAACAUGGAUGGAUUCAUCGCUGAAGCCCGUAAGACCUGCCUCGCGGCUGACGAAGCCUACCAGCUGCGCCUGAAAGAACGCACGGACGAAAUUCGAGCGGUCUCGCAGGCUGUCGAGGUACUGACUCGUCGUCCAGUUCUUGAUGUUUUUUAUGCAGCCGGUUAGUUUUCACCUCUAUCCCUAGGCUUAUCCCUUCAAACAAUAUAUAACCACUGCAACUUGAAGUUGGAGGCAAAACAUCAAUAGGGAGCACUAGUCAUGAUUUAACAAAAAGAGCGACAGGGGUGGUCAUAUUCUACUUAUGAAAUGUGACUAUUAUAGUAAAUAAGUCCACCAUGAGCUUCUGUCCCUCCCUCAACAUCCGGCCCACGUCCACCUCCUUUCCUACUUCCAGAUUCUGUCUUCCGACGAAGCCCGCGAUACUUUCAAGAAAGUGCACGAGAGUCGCCCAGUGAGCUUCCUCCAAGUGCUAACGUCGAAGACUAGUAUCACUGGUUCCCGUUCGCUAUCUUCUCGCCCAGCAUUUGUUGAGAAGUCUAGUGCUAGUAGUCUCCUUGGCUCCAUAGCGAAAACCUUUCCGAACGACGGCGAUCGUAUCUCACGCCUCUUAGAAGUCGGCCAAGAACCAUUCGCCUCGCAGACGAGUGGGCGUGUGGAUGGCGUCGUGGCACGCAUUCAGAUGCUGGUGCAAGACUUGAAAAGUGAGAACUACGAAGAGCAAAUCCGCAAAAGCAAUUGCCAGACGAGCAUGCAUGCGAAUGAACUUUUAUGAUGUGAUGAACGCGAUCAAUUUGCAAUUUCAAUAAAUGAGAUUGAGUUCUUUGAAUCUGAACGUUGUUGGCCACUACAAGAAGCCCGAAAUGUCGUUAUUGUAAGUAGCUGCUGGACCUGAAGGAGAGUUUCUUGGCUUGCGUAGACUUACGCGACUUAUCGUUUCUACUCUACUUUGUAGCAAUCCUCACUGAUCUAACUUCCGAGGACCAGCGCCUUUCGAACGAAAUAGAGAAGACGGAGACGGAAAUCGCGCUCCUCGAAGGUGGAAUCGAAGGCCUGGAGAAAGAAAAGGCAGAAACAACUGAGCAAAUGAAGGAAACGAAAGAAAAUACGGAAAAGGCAACCGAGAAUCAGGAGACCGAGAAAAAGGAGUUUACUUAAGGCUAUUAUAGCACAACGUGAUCAUCUUGGGAGUUGUCCAGUAGAAAGAUUCACUCUCGUAUUUCCCGGCUCUAAUCUCAAGCUUACCAGGUACGUAAGGCUACAGCUUGGUGAAGUAAACUUUUGUGAUACUGAAGGUAAUCGUAAUUCAGUCUCGAUACAGCAUUUCACCUAGUACCUUAGUGGAGUUUCAUAAACAAGUAGGUCACUGUCGCUCUAACGCUUAGAGCAAAUUGCUGACCAGGUCGCUGCACAGGGCAUCAUUCUCAAGGCUCUCAACGUGUUGCAGGCAUACUACGAUAGACCACAGGGGGCUGCAUCCUCUUCGGCUGGUGUGGACGAAGACCACGUCGCUGAUGUAGUGGAUGCCAACCUGGAAAACGGGACCUCUUUUUUGACCUUCAAGCAGGAUCCGGCUCCAGUAAGUCCGUUCGCGGGAGGAGAUCACGAACAACAUGCACAUCGCCACGGCGUUUUGCAACUUCUGGAGAACGUGCGAAGCGAAUCGUCUCGCGUCCAAAGACAGGUUGAAGCAUCUCUCGAAGAAUCUGUCAAAACCUACGAAAAAAUCAUACAGGAAAAUGAGACGACGAUACAAAUGCUGAAGUUAUGACACGCUUGUGCGUAAAAUCAUUUUCACCUUUGAACAAGAGGGAGAUGCUGCAGAAUUAUCAGCUGCACAUCUUCUUUGUCAUCGUCUUCAACAUGAUCGUAAGUUGUUCGUGUUCUUUUUCAUCGCUCACCUUUACUCGAGUCGUUGUCGUUUAUGGUUUCCCUUCUUUGCUUCUGUCUACAGCAUCUUCCUACUCUCCAGAAUCCAUGGCACCCUUUCUUCAUGCUUUUCUUCCCUUGCUGAGACCGAUGCACAGAUUGCGUCAAAGCACAAAGAUUUCGAUACAAAAAAAGAAGAUUAAGGCACCCGAAUAUCAUAAUACAUUUGCUCUUGUUGCACUUUACUAACCAUUCACCUAAGUAGACCUGUGGUUUGUUUCUGUCUCAGAGUCAGAUAAUCAUUCUAGGUGGAUGAAGUAGAGGAUUCAUCAGAGGCACAGCUGAUGAAAUUAGAACUACAACUACUAGAAGAACUAGAAGUAGCAAAUGUUGAGUUGCUAUCGCAAUCGAUACCAUCUAAGAAGAGAAGAAGAAUCUGCAAGGCACGCACUUUGCGUUGGGAGAUACAAUGAUGAACGAGAGGAAAGUCUGUCUGCCUCUACUCGAAAGUUUUGAUCGGAUGCAGGAGACGCGCACCCGAGAAGCGGAAGCACUGACUGAAGCCAUUGCGAUUCUACGAGGCGCAGACAUCGACAGCGGUGAAUUUGCGGAAACGACACUUGGAGGCUAAAAAAAGAAAUAUUUAUUUAGAUUAAUAGUACUUGUAAAGAAAGAAGAAGAUGGAGAUCUUCAUGCAGUUCUUUUUAUCACAAGACGGGUUAGGGUACUUCUAGAUCAUCAGGAAACUACAAGUACAAGUAGGAGGACAGUUCUUAUGAAAAUAGAUCUGGACAGAUACAUACAGAUUUACUGAAAAGUCUGCAGAGGCAAGUUGAAUGCACUACGACUAACUUUUUUUUCCGACCAUGGACAUGGACAAGUAGACCAAAGUGCGCAAUUUUCUAGUGUCUAAGACGAGUUUGCCUGGGCACGCAAACAGCGUGUUGUAUAGUUCAUUUGCGCGUCAACAGCCUCUUACAAACGUAUCACAAUCUAUCACGUAGAUUCUGAUUGAAAGGGAAACUCCUGGCGCUCUCGUCGCGACAUCAAAUAGGACUAGGGGAAGCUGCAAUAGAUACUAGCAUACAGAAACGAAGAUUGCAGCUCGGCUAUCAAUAAACGGCGAGUGACGUCUCUCAUGUUGUUCGUCUCUCAUGCUGCUUUGCAAGCAAAAACCGGACCUAUCAAAUGGAGGAGCAGCAUCAAAAAGAUUAGCUAGGCAC